GCAACAUUUCGUUGGAGUUAAUCUAGGAAUCAUUCUUACUGACAUUAUAAAAAUAAAUUAUAUAUUUUAUUCACGUGUUACAUUUGCCUCCAGUAUCAUUUUAUAUCUCAAACAACGUUUAUCAACCAUCACGUUGUGAAAGUGUGAUUGAAGAGUUACGUCAGUGCUGCAUAAAACAUUUUGACAAGUCGUUAGUUUGUGAAGGAAUUGAUAUUUCAAAACCUUAUGAGCAUAAAACAGUUGAUUACCAAUCAGCAUUGAAAAAGUCAUGACUAAGUUUACCGUCGACAGACGUUUGUUAAAAGACAGAUCUUGGGCUUUCAAGCAUCAUCGUUUUUUCUCAAUUGCCGGAGGAUUUAUUGCUGUUGCUAUAAUAUUCAGCGGCCCGAUUUACUAUAUUGGUGGGAAUAAGCUCGAGACUCUUGAAAUACCAGAAUCUCAAUUUAAAAAUCCAUUUAGCAGCAAGUAAAAAAAAAAAAAAAAAAGAAAAAAAAAAAGACGUUCAAUGAACUCGGUAACAAAAGCCAGAGAAAGAUUGAAAAAGUAUCCGUUACUGUUUGCACAAUGUAAAGAAUCAGCAAUCGAUUAUGGAAAGUGCGUUGUAUCUAAACAGAAUAUCGGUAAAGAUGAUUGUCAAAAAGAGUUCAAUAAAUUCAAGUCUUGUCUCGUAGAAGCUGCUCGGAAAAACAAAACAAAAUUAUAAAUAUAGUAAGUGGUA